AUUAACCCAAAAAUGUGCCAGAAAUAAAUAAAUCCAGAAAACACGAAAAAAUAUCGCGUAAUUACCAAAAUUACUGUAAACAUCGGUGACGAAUCCACAUAAAAAUGGCAAAAUACUUGGCACAGAUCAUCGUCUUGGGCGGACAAGUGAUCGGUCGAGCCUUUGCACGAGCCCUCAAGCAAGAAUAUGCCGCGAGUCAGGAAGCUGCUCGACGAGGAGGCGGCGGACGACAAGGCGCCAACCGAGCAGAAGCAAACGCCAAAUCAGGCAUCACCUUAGAAGAAGCACAACAAAUUUUGAAUGUUAGCAAAUUGGAUCCGGAAGAAGUGCAAAAAAAGUAUGAACAUCUCUUCGCUGUGAAUGACAAAUCGAAAGGUGGCUCGUUUUACCUGCAAUCCAAAGUGUUUCGAGCGAAGGAAAGAAUCGACCAGGAAAUGAAGUCGCAGGGAAUAAUUAAAAAUAAAACAGCAGAGACAGAGACGAAAAGCGAAGACAGUUCCGGAGGCGGCGACAAAACGAAAGGUUAAUUGUACUACAAAAAAAAUGUGAAAUUGUUGCUUUAAGUAGUGUUAGUUAGCGACAUAAAGAAAGUUUUCAAUGAAAAACACCUGAUUUUACGUAAAUAAGCGCUUUUAAUGUGUAA